UGCCCAUCGGACCUGCCGUGCGGGGCGGUGCGGUGCCCGGGAGUGUGUUGUGCGUAGGGCGCGAUGUUGUUUUGUUGUGGCGGACAGCUGAACGUGGCGUCGCCGCUCCGGUCGGACACAGCAGCCGGAAGCAGCCCGGGCCCCUCCGGCGCUCCCUCCCCAGAAACACGGGCACCGAGAGCAGCUUUACCCAGCAUCGACAUCCAGGAAAUGCGGACUUGUGGCCCAUUCGCUACGGGAUAAAUGGCUGAACUGUCGGUACCGAAGCACGCUGUGCCUGUGAAGCGUCUCUGAGGGGGAAGACCAGACUGCUCUGUCAGUAGCAGGCUUUCCGCUGCCAGGCGUAUUAUUAAAACCCUCAGUGCAAUCUUCUCCUGCCGUCGAGACGGCGUCCUCCUUAGCGAGCGGCUUCUCCCGAUAGCAGUGAUAUCCCUGGACCCAUUCAGAAGCUGACAACCAACUAUUAACACUCUUGACAACCAACAAAAGAGAUGCAGAGAAGACCUUGGAACUGCUAGAAUGGCUGAGGCUGGACAGGAGCAAAACUGCUUUGUACAGAGAGAUGAUCCAUGAUUACCUGCAACCGUGCAGCUCCAGGCCAGCUUUUAAUGAUGCCUCAUUUGGUCUUCUUGAAUAACUCUUGGCCCACACUGAAAAAGGCCCUCUUCUGUGAUUUACAACUCAGUCUGUCGAUGUUCCCCUGCCUCUGACCUCUCGGCUGCCAUGCGGUUAGCCCCAUGAGGCUCCAAGAGCCCCUCCUUGUUUGACUGUGAGGUCUCCUCCCCACUCUAUGGAGGCUGAGCACAGCCGUCCGGCUGAUGGGGAGCGCUCUGGAAGGCAAGAGCAGCAGCAAUCGACAACUGAAUCCUCUCUAGGAUCUUGUCCACCUCAGCAGCCCCAGCACCCUCCGAAUCCUCGCCCUGUACACAGAGCCUUGGGUCGCCUGCAAAAUCGCCAACCCAGACGUACUGACCUUCUGCUUCGCUUACAGCAGCAGCAAGCAGUAGCAUGGCAGCAUUCGGACACUCCAGGUCCCUCAGGAGGCAGCUUCUUCUCUCCAGCUUCCGCAUCAACCACAUCCCUCCCAUCUACUUCCUCCACCCAGGUUGAGCAUGGCCAUGGGGUUCCAUCUCAGUCUAGCCAAGAGGGCCCAGAAGGGGUCAGCUCGCCCAGAAAAGGAGAGAAGAAACCCCCAAAACCAGGAAAAUAUGUGUGCACUUACUGUGGCCGUCCAUGUGCCAAGCCAAGCGUUCUUCAGAAACAUAUUCGCUCCCAUACAGGAGAAAGACCUUACCCUUGUGCCCCCUGUGGCUUUUCUUUCAAGACCAAGAGCAACCUGUACAAGCACCGCAAGAGCCACGCCCAUCGCAUUAAAGCGGGCCUGGCAUCCAGUCGUGAUGAGCCCAGUUUGAGUGGACCAGAGGGUAGUGGCGUUGGAGAAGACCCUGAGGAACACACAGAGGGAGAAAGCACUGAGUCUGAAGAAGAGACAGGCCAACACAGGACAUCCUCUUCUAAGGAGAUGUUGGGCCAGCAGAGGAAAGGUAGUAAGGAGCCGGUUGGAGGCUCAGAGGAGAGCCAGAGGCCUGAGAACUCCCAGGCUGUCAAGCAAAGGCUGGCACUGAGGCUUAGUGAAAGGAAACGUGGCCCAAUGGCUUCUCCAGAUGACCCUCCUUCCUCCCUCUCCACCUCAUCUUCCUCUCAAGGCCCUGGCAGUAAGGGCAGCACAGAGUCUGGCUACUACUCCGGGUCAGGCAGCACUGAUCUGUCCCAAGCUAGCCCUCCCAGUGCCAGUGCCAAAACCUACGCAGAAAUUAUUCUAGGGAAAUAUGGAAGGCUGGGAGGGCAGCAGCGCAGUCCUCAUCAGCAGAAGCCUCAUUCUUCACUUUCCUCAUCAGCAGGAACGGAGGAGAAAAGCAUUUCUUUCACUGUACCCAAAACCCAAGUAAUUGAACACAUUACCAAGCUCAUCACUAUCAAUGAAGCAGUAGUAGACACCAGUGAGAUUGACAGUGUGAAGCCCAGACGCUCCUCUCUGUCCAGGAAGAGCAGCAUGGAGUCUCCAAAAUUCACCUCCCCGAGAGAUCCCUACACAUUCGAUCCCAAAGGAGAAGCCCCGGGCCCGAGUGGUGUGAAGCACCUCCACAAUCCUGAGGCGGAUCCAGCAUGUACCCAGCUGUUAGCAGUACCUCUGCUUCGAAGCCACUCAAUGCCAUCCUCCACCAGCCAAGGAGAGCCCUCCACUUCUGGCACCAUGUCUCCCAGAGAUUACCGUCUCUGCCAGUCAUUUGAUGAGCAGCAAGCGGUGGUAGCAGAGAUGAGGGUUGGCCACGCCCAGCGUAUGCUACGGCGCCAGCCUGCCAUAGAAGUUCCACUGGGAGCCGAGCUAAUGCUGGAGGAUGCCGGACCCACCUCCUCCUCAGCCAGUGGUGCUGAACAAGCCAGGCAGCCACAACAACAACAAAAACAGCAAAAGAGUCCGAGCCUGUUCGAAUGUGAAGCAUGCGGCGCCCACUUCCAGCACAGUGAAGGCUACGAGGCCCACAGAGGCAUAUGUCCGGGACAGCAAACCCUGGAAAAAGAAAGCCGGGAUGCAAGUAAAACAUGGAGAGAGGAUCGCCCACAGAUGAUGAUGCACUAUAAGUUCAGAGCGAUGGCAAUGGCUGUGAGAAAAAGGAGAAAAGAGGAAAGUCUGGAGGAGGAUCCUCCCAGUCCUGGAUCUGUCGCCAUGUCAGAGAGCUCUGCAGACCUCAUUCCUGUGUCUAGAAGACCAGAACACAGCCACACCCUCUCAGGUGUUUCUUUACAGACUGAGCCACAACAGCAGCAGCAGGACAGGAAGGGUGUGUCUGUCAUCCAACACACAAGCUCUUUUGAGAAGCAGGAGAGUAUAUCCAUGGAGAGUCAGGAAACAGAACUCAGAAAAAGUCAGCAAACACAACAACUCGAGCCAAAACCAUCACCCUCUACAUCUCGCCUCAUCCGCCAACCCAACAUCCAAGUGCCAGAGAUCCUUGUUACUGUGGAGCCUGAUGCUGACAUGACAUCUGUCUCGCCGCCAGCAACCGCAUCCUCAUUCAAGGAGGCAGAGAGAGUGGAGGAGUUCCAAUGGCCUCAGCGUAGCCAGACUCUGGCCCAGCUCCCUGCAGAGAAGCUGCCACCAAAGAAGAAGAGACUCCGCCUGGCAGAAGCAGCGCAGUCCUCUGGGGAGUCUAGCUUUGAGUCUGUGUCUCUGCCCCACAGUCCCAGUCAAGAGAGCAACAUCGCCCACGCUUCAAGCCUUUCUGCUUCUUUCGAGGACACAACCAGAUCAGAGACUGCCAUCCGGGCCUCCAGUAGCCAAAGCUCCCAGAUGUUGAUGGUGCCAUCUGCUUCCUACCAACACCACCAAAGCCACAAGGAGAUGAGGCGCUCAGCCUCCGAGCAGACCACAGCCAGCCCCCAACAAACAGAGCAGGUCACAGAGACCAGAAGUAAGUCAUUUGACUACGGGUCUCUGUCCCCCCAGCAAUCAGCAUCCUCCUGGAAAGAAAGGAGAAAGUGUCUCCUUGUGAAGCAUGCUAACUUAGGGGAACCUGAGCAGGAGGAGGGGCCCAGCACGAGUCAGCUGUCCAGACCAGAGAGUCCAAAACCUGGGCCUUCCCGCUUCAUCCAUCCUCCUAUCUACUCAACAGAGGCAAGCUCCCGGUUCAGCCUGGAAGCCACAGGGAAAGCCUUGCAGCUGUUACAGCCUCAGAUCUUCCCACCCUCUCAGGAUGUGCUCCCUUUGCAGCAAGCAUUUCCGCCAGUACCAUUAUCCCAGCUGCUCCCCGUCACAACAGCCAUCUCUGUAGUACUGUCCACCCAAAUCAUCCAAAGAACCUUCUUACAUUCACAGACAGCCCCUCCACCUAUACAGACAGACCCGGGGCAGAUCCACAUGGCAGACCGGUUAGGUAUACCAUUCCAUCAGCUUCCUGCUAUAGUUCCUCUCCAGUUGUCUUCCAGGACUACAGCUAGUCAGGCUCUGUACUUGCCUUUUUCUUCAAGACUAACUGCACAAGUUCCUCCCCCUCCCACUACGGAGAGCAGCCUCUGCAUCUCCUCCAUGUCUUCUGCUCUUACACAUCAAUCCCUUGUAAGAAUCUCUUACCACCACUCACGGCCGGUCAUCGCCACAUGCCUGGCUCAGCUUACACCAGUGGUGUCCCUUGUGGUGCCAGUGCGCGCCCAGACCCAUAUACCCACCUAUGCCAAUGCCAUGUAUACCACCUUGUCCCAAAUCCUGGCCUCCACCUGCUCACAGGAACCUAUUUCUUGCACAGCCAUGGUCAUUAUGGGCCAGGUGGAGCGGGACAAGUUGCAAAGGUCCUACCUGAAGGUCCCCUCCCCAGACAUCAAGAGCUUUUUCCCCCUUUCUCAGCCCACGGAGCUGGCCUCAGGAUCUGGGGAGGGAUACGGUCCACUCGGGGCUGGAGGGAGUAAACGCAUGCUUUCUCCUGCAGCUAGUCUGGAACUCAGCACAGAGGCCCAGCGUCACCAGAAAAGGGUAAAAGAGGAGGAGGAAGGGGGGGAAGAUGAGGCUGAAGAGAAGGAUGUCAAACAGAAGGUAAGACAGGAAGAAGAAAUUAGAGCCACUGGGAGAAAACUGGAAGAGAGUGAGAAGAAACAGCCAGAGAGGGUAGAGCUGGCAACUGGGAAAGUGGAGGGGGAGCAUGAUCAAGUACCAAGGAAACAUAACAGGAAGGAGAAGGAAAAGGAGGAGGAGGAGGAGGAGGAGUCCACGGAAAAGACAAGUAAAAAUAAGGAGGAGGUGGCAGUUGUGGAAGAGAGGGCUGAAAGACCAGCCGCCCCUUCAUACCCCAGCCUCCACACCUCCGCCUCAGUUAACUGGUGCUACCUGAACUACGUCAAACCCAACCCGUCUGCCCUGAGGGACCCCCGCAGCUCUGUUUAUUCUACCUGGAGUGUCAGUGCUCACAACCCCAACUUGCCGGGCCUCACCACUAAGGUGGCGUUGUCUCUGCUGUGCUCCAAACAGAAACACAGCUCAGAAACGUACACCAUGGCAACGGCCCCGACCCCGUCCAAAAGCAAAUUGGCCCCUGCCAGUAGCGGGACCCCACGGGUGUCAGAGGUACAUGUCACCCCAGCCAGCACCCUCACUAAAGUAAAGGCUCAUCAACAACACGACAAGGAGGGGAAUAAAGAGAUGAGAGAAGAGGAAGACCCCUCCACCUCCAAACAGAGUGAGCCCUCUCGCGUUCGCAUCUUUGAAGGCGGGUAUAGGUCCAAUGAGGAUUAUGUUUAUGUGAGAGGUCGCGGCCGGGGCAAGUACAUAUGUGGAGAGUGUGGCAUCCGCUGCAAGAAGCCUAGCAUGCUGAAGAAGCACAUCCAAACGCACACCGACGUCCGUCCGUACAUUUGCAAACACUGCAACUUUGCCUUCAAAACCAAAGGGAACCUUACCAAACACAUGAAGUCAAAGGCUCAUGGGAAAAAAUGCCAGGCAAUGGGAGUAUCUGAGUCAUCACUGGAUGAGCCAGAGAGCGAGGAAACAGCAGGAAGUGAGGAACGCGUGUGUGGCUCAGAGGACCAGGAGGAACAUCAGCUUUCUGACGCGGAGGAUUCUGAGGACGAUGAUAACGGUGACGAUGAUGAUGAGGAAGAGGAGUUUGCAUCCCAUGACGAUCCGUCAUCCUGUUCGUCGGACACCCACCCGUCAACAGGAGGGCAUUCUAGCUGCAGUAGGCGCUCUCAGCAGGGCACCCCGGACCCUGAGCCCCCGGGCCCCAGCCCAGGACUAGAGCUCUCCCCGAGGGGGGUUUGGCUCAGCAGACGAGCCGCAUCUCCAGGCAGCCGGAGAGCGCUGUUCUCCAGGCGGGGAUGGAAGGCCUCGCCGAGGGCCUUCUCCCCCAGCAGUGAGAGCUGUUCCCCCAGUCGCAGCCUCUCCCCCCGUCUGGAGCUGGCCUCACCCAUCCGCAGCUUCUCCCCCAGGACAGAGCUGUCCUCGUCCAGCCGACAUGUCUCACCCUCCCCUGAGAGAGGACCAUCUCCCAUCAGACCCCUCUCUCCUCUUUGUACCAUUUUGCCCAGCUGCUACCGCUCAUCGCAGGCUCGGACCCCUCCCUCGCCACUCUGGUUACCGCACAGGACCCCUGGAUACCUGCCAUGGGAGAGCCCUGGUACAAGGGGUAUUCAUGUCAAACCGGGGAAAAGGGGUACAGCAGCAGAGGGGCCAAUAUUGCCAGAAGCCAGAUUGUUUCCACCUGCUUUCCGUCUUUCUAUUUGUGAGGAUUAUCCGGGCUACCAAACAGCAGACAACAUCUUCAGCCAUCUUCCCAUGCACUCCCAACAAGCCAAGCUCCCCUAUCUGAUGAUUCCCAUCGGAGGGAUCCAGAUGGUACAGGCCAGUCGGAGGUCCCACCCUACCACCCCCUCGUCCCCAACGUCUCCCCCCAUGGAAGGGCCAUCACUGUCCAGAUUUGAAUCAUACUGGGGCGGGACCCCCAGAACUCAAGGGCUUAGGACUCCUGGAGACCACUGGUCAGAGGACCAGACAGCAGGAACCAGCCAGUCAGGGCAGUGUGUUCUCAGCACAGCACUAAUAUGUUCCAAACAGGAGUUGGAGACCACGGACUCAAAGCAAUAUGGCAGCUCACAUGGCUCCGCCCACCCCCGCAGGCCUGCUACUGAGACCACCAAACACUGCUUUAGAGACAGUUCUAGAGCAACUCUCAGACUAGCAGACCCCGUAGCCUCGGAUGUCAUUGGACAGCGGCCGGAAGAGGAUAAGCCACCGUCGGGUGGUGAUCUGGUGGAGGGAGGAGCUAAAGGAGACAGAACAGACCAGAGCACUUAAAGGUGUCUACACCUUGAUGCAUAAUGCAUCCCAUUUUGCUUUAUUGGUUGCUACACUAGUCUUGUUUUUUUUAUUGCUUCAUUUUUAUACAGUUUUCAAUACUAUUGUUAACUUAAAUGUUUGUUCUUUGGCAAUAUUCAGGUUUGUUAUAAAAAUGCACUUUUUUCUUUGUGAAAUAAUGUCUAUCUUUGUGUGUGUCUGUAUGUAUGUAUGUAUGUAUACAUACAUACAUACAUACAUAUAUAUAUAUAUAUAUAUACAUAUAUAUGUAUAUAUAAUCUCUAUUGAUACUGGUAAUCAUAAUGCCUGUUUAAAUAUGUGUAAAAUAAAUAUGAAUACAUUUGUAAAUGACCAAAAUCUUAAAUCAAAAAUAAUUAAAUUUUGUAUUUGUCCAAAGUUUUGUCCAGUAUUACUCUAAUUGUAGUUACUUGUGCCUUUUCUGUCCAGGUUUGUGUUAAGAUGUACAGUAGAGAUAUAAAAAGAGAAGGCUGUGAAAUUUUAUAUCUGCUUCUUUGUGUAGAUUUGAUUGUUUCUGUUCCAAAGGCCAUCGCUUUAAUGCCAGGGUAACGGAGAGUUGCAAAGCAGCUGAAGCGUGUCAAAGGAAAAUGCACUGAAGUUAUAUAUUUUAUUACAAAAUAUCUUAAAAUAGAAUACAUCUCUGUACAGGGAAGAAUGCGCCGUAUUUAUUGUUAUUUGAUGACAAUGAUCAUUGUUUAAUUUUUAUUUUUAUUUUUACAUCUGUGUGUCUUUAUCAUGAUGUUCAUGUGACUUGAAUUGGUGGCAACGAUGAGCGAUUGCGUUUGGCUGGUACCAGAGGAUUAAGUGCCCUGCAGAUUUCACACACAGCAAGAUUUCUAGUCAUUUCAGAAAUAAAAAAUGCACCAGA